AAUUGAUUGGUAAAAACAAAAAGUAUAUAUUAAAUAAUUGACGACUGCCUAAAAUUAUAUAAAAUCGUUGGUUGUGUUCCUUUGCUGAACAAUGGUUGCUAUUGAACAUCGUCAGAUAUCAUCAUCAUCAACAACCACAACAACAGCUAUCAAUAAUACUGUGCUAUCGCCAGCAUCGUCAACACUUUCAUCACAAUCAACCGCGUCGUCCUCAGCAUCUAAUAUACAACCAAAUUGCCAACAUCUAGAAGACCAACAACAAGCACAACCAGUCAAAUCAACUACCAAUAAUAUGUCACAUCCUCCAACUGAUACAAAAGACCCAACAGAAAACAUGCCUAAACAUACAACAGAGAAUGUUAACACUGCAGCCACUGUCUCCAAGAGUGCUGUCAGUCAACGAAAUGUCGACAUAAAAAUUUCUAAAAACGUCAACACUAAAGAAAUAACGAAAAAGGUGCUUAAAUUAGAUUUGACGGGCAAAGAAUUGGAUGAAUACUCAUUGAAAUCACCAAAAUCUCCUAUAACAGCUCGUCUCCCACAUCAAGCUUCGCUGACAUCUUCUGUCGAUGUAGAGGAUCGGAAAACAUUACGUGAUGCCUUAUAUCAAGGUAUAUUUCAUCGUCAUCGAAGAACAAUCUUUGCUGUGGGUAGUUUCUUACGUAUGUUACGUAGCCGCAACUCGCAAUAUAACACAAUUCGCAGCUCAUCGGAAGGCGAGGAUAUUGACGAAGUUAGAUAAAAUAAACAAAAUAUACUAUAACUAUGUGAUGCAUUCUUAUUAUUAUUAUUAUGCAAAUUAUU